UCUCUGGGCUGCCUCAAGGCUUCCAAGCGUGCACUGCGCCCUUUUGAGUGCAGUUCCUGCCGGGUGUGAAUCCUCAGCAGCCUUACAGACUCAGGUGAACAAUGUUGCUGCCGUUCCUCUUCCUCGUGUCUGCAUCAUUUUUCCUGCCUGGGGACAGCGAGCUGGUGUCCAGUUUUAAUAAAUGCAGUCAGUUCUUCUUCAAGAAGAAGUUCCCAAACGAUGGUCUGAAGCCAUUUAACCCAGCCAGGAUCUGCCAGAAGUACAAGAACAAGUACUUCUUUGCCACCAUGUACGACAAGACUAAGCGCAUCCCGAUAUACUCUGCUUAUGUUUACGAUCCUCAGCCAGGACAAAGAUCUGGAAAUUGGAUGAUUGAGCCUCAGCUUGCAGGAAGACGAUAUGGUCCAAACAUGGAAGAUGAGGUAUUAACAAGGAUUCCAGAGUCAGAGAUUCUAGCAAGCCAGGCCAUGUCCCGUGACUACUCGGCAGCACCUGGAUAUGUGGACAGAGGGCACUUGAACCCAGUGGCCCAUCAGCCCAACGAGGACAGCAAAGCGGCUACUUUCACCUUGACCAACAUCGUGCCGCAGUUCAACCGGUCCAACCAAAGGUCAUGGAGAGAGUACGAAACAACAACAAUGGCAGCGAAAAAGAGAGAGUUUCGCUGCACGAAAAUCUACGUGGUCACCGGAGCGGUCCCUGGGAAUACCUUCAUUUCAGGAAACCGAGUCAAUUAUCCCAGUCAUGUCUGGUCUGCUGCCUGCUGUGAGAUUACUAAAAACAGGAGGAAGUCCUGGGGCGCCAUUACAGAUAAUAACCGGAAUGUACCACCUGGCGUAAUACCUCCAGUCAGAAUUCUCACCUUGAGACAACUGGAGGCAGAACUCCAGACACUGUACAAAAAGAAGAAAGUCGAUAUUUUCGGCAAUUCUUGCUACUAGGCCGAAAGCUGCAAAUCCACUUGCCUGUCCCUGAAUGUUUUGUCAAGAGUUGACCAUUGGAUGAGGGUGGGAUGAGUGAGCCCUGGCGAAGCAACAAUAUCUCUGUCGUCUCGUGUGCCAGUUUCAGAGGGCAGCCAUUUUGAUCUGCAGUAGAACAGCUAGAUUUGAGACUUUAGAGACCAACCUGAUUUUCAGAGUAGCAGCUUUUGAGAAGAAGGGAGCUUUGAUUUUCAUAGCUACCUCUGACUCUCAACCCGCCCCCCUGAAAAUCUUGUUCUCUAAGGUGCUACUGGGCUCGAAUCUAUCGCAGCUGGCAGAUUCUACUGCUUCCAACAAACACUGAGACAAG